AUGAAUUUUUCAACAACCGAAACAAGGUGGAUGAAAUUCGGAAAAUCUCACGACUUCGUUUUUAUUGGCAAGGAAACCAUCGCAACGGCUUCCGGCAUUUACAUGAAUUUUCUGGAUUUAAAUACGAGAGAGAGGCGAAUCGAGCGCUUUGAUAACAAAGAAAGAGGUGAUGGGGCGUCGUGUUUGGCUGGACAUCCGACAAUUUCCAUGUUUUCCGUAGUCGAGAGGAAACCUAAUCCGAAAAUAUCAAUAUUCAUGUAUCCAAUGUUGCAAAGGAUCUCCAGGUGCGUACUGCCUAACAAAGUCAAUGGUUACUUAUCUUGUUCUUUUGCUGGUACGGAGUAUCUCAUAAGCCUGACUAGCUUCCCCGACUUUCGACUGAUCGUGUGGCUCUGGAGAACCGGCAAACACGUCGCUAUGCUUAAUACAAAGAUAGACAGUCUUGUUCAAGAAAUUUACUGUUCACCGAAUCCUCCACAUUUGAUAUCGCAACUCGGUAUCAACGAUAAUACACUCGAGAUUUAUCAGGUGCGCACGUGCUCCAAAAUUGUAAGUAUACAUCGCGUGAACGCGCCAGUUCCGGGACAUAGAAUUGUUUCUUCAUCCUGGACGUUGGAAGGAAACCUGUUUGUCUCGGAUGAAUUUGCGAAUGUAUGGCUCGUAGCGAUAGAAACUAAUAAGUUGUACUCGGUGGUAAAAAAGUCGAAAAUCCAUCAACGUCUAAAAAAUAAACCGAUUGUCGUCGCUCAUAAAAGCGGCGUAAUAGUUGUGAAUACCAAUAGUGAUAUUAUGCGUACAGAUCACGUCGCGGCGGUAGACCGGUUAGAUCGUCUUUGCAUUUUCGAGUUAUUGACCGGCAAACCGACAGCGAGAUUGUCUCUGGGGCAUCACGGUGAAGUUCUUCACGUAGAUUCACAUCCUACUUUACCAAUACUUGCGUUGUGCAGCAUUACUGGCAAUUGCAUUUUAAUCGAUAUCACGAGAGUUUCAUUGCCUAAAAUUUUUAAUUGCUUCCAUCUCUGUGGUAUCUUUUUAGAUAAAAUAAAAUUUUCACGUCAUGGCGAACUUUUGGGAAUUGGCAAUUCUCAAACUGGCAUGAUAUUUAUUAUUGGUAAACGAUUUAAACAACAACAUGUGGAUAUUCUAGGAUUUAUAGAAAUUGGUGGAUAUAUCGCUGAUUUUUUGAUAUACGAAGGAAGCGAUGAUCGUUUUGAAAUCUUGGUCUUAGCGACGACUGAUUCUUCUAUAGCUUCGAUCGGCGGCAAUAAAAUAAUUGUAUACACUUGUAAGAUCUCGAGCGAAUUAUGCACGCGUGCCGUUUGCGUGAUAGACUUAUCAAGACCUUUCAAGGCGCUCUAUCGCGGAUGUAAGCCUCUGGACAUAUUGGGUAUACCCUCUUUGUCUAAACAGUUACAUCAAAUGGAAGUACAGAAUGACUUUGAAAAUAUCGUCCUUACAGACGCAUUACUCUCUAUGCAUCAGCUGAGAAACAUUGGAAUAUAUGUAACCGAUUCUCGAGUCGUAACAUAUGGAUACGAUGGCCUGAUCGUAGUCAGAGAUAGCACGGAACUUCGCAAAGUGAUAGCGAUUUUUAUGCCACACCAUCGCAGCCAAGGAGGCGUAAAACGUGCGAUUUCUUCGCGUUUCGGGGAAACGAUCGUUUCUCUCGGUAGAAAUGGCGAUCUCGUUGCCAAUCGAAUUCGCUUACGAGAGACAAAAACAAAUUUGGCAGAAACCGAAGCUAUGAGUGUGCAUUUAACAAUCGAGAAUUUCUCUUCCGAUCCGAGCGAACUAUACGAUAGGGAAAAUGAAACCUGGCUGGAUAGUGUAAUUGCCGCUAAAUUGAAAACCGAACGUGAUAAAGCUCUUCCUCGACGGGCUUCUAUCGUAGCAGAUUUUGAGAAAAUUAAAGCGCAAAUACGCGAGCUUCUCGACACAAAUGAAGGCAAAUCAUCGGACGCCCGUUUGCCAAUCUCGGUUUUCGAUUUGGAUCACGAAUUCCGUCAGCGAAGAAUAGAAGAGGCUCGACUUGAACGAGACAAAAUGCAUCGGAACCUCGAAGAGGAUUGCGCUCAACGAGAUCAGGUGGCGUCGAAUCUGCGUGAAAUAUUCUGGGAACCGCUGCGAGUUAAACCAUGUGCUCUCAGAUCAAUUGGUGGCGAUACGAUCGUUCGAAAUUAUCCUCUCGUCGCGUCGACUCGUAAGAUGAAUGAAAGUCUUAAAGUGUGGGAUAGACUUUCUUCGGACGCUGACGAGUUUUUGUACAGUUACGAGGUGUAUGACGCACUAGAUACAGAAGAUGGCUCAAGACGAGGGUCUACAAUAUCUUCCGAUAAAGAAUUCUCAAUGACCAACGCCGAAAGUAAAACGUAUCAAACAGCUAAAAGAUGGUACACACUCGCGGAUGAAGAUGAAAAAUUGUAUAUAUCGGGUAUCACGACGCAUAAGUGGAUUGAGGAUGAAAGCAUAGAUUCAACGCAUCAGCUAUUGAUUUCGUGUGACAGCGAGCUCGAGGCUAUCUUGCGGAAGGAUGUUAUCAUUGAAAAACGAGAGCGUAAAUUAAAAAUGCAUUUUAACGAUCUCUUCGAGGAAAUGAAACAUGCAAAGGAAUGUGUACUAAAACAUGCAAAAGAACGCAUCGGCAGGCUACAAUAUUGCGCAUCUCAAUUGAACACGAUAUUCGGGAUAGAAUCCGAUCUGGAGCCAAUCGAGACUCCGUCCUGGAAUGUCGAAGAAAUACCUGACUACAUAGUUAUCGUAAAAGAUCACGAAGUACUUGAGAAACAGUCGCGACGAGGAGGAUUGAAAAUAAUUAACGAGGAUCGAGAAGAUGAAGAUAAAAAUGAAAGAAUCAGUGACUUUUAUAAACUAGCUCUUGAAAAAAUGAUGGACGGCGUAUUAGAACUUAAAUGGGAAGACGAGGUGAAGAAGGAAAUACCGGUGCCGGACUGUCUAAUUGCGAAGGAUCCUUCGAAACACACCGACGAGGAUAUCGCAGCUAUCGCGUCGUAUAAGUCCAAAGUGCAGGCGCUGCAAAGAGAACGAGAAAAAUAUAAAGCGACACUGCAGGCUGAUAUUACAGAAACGAAAGACGCCUUGCAAAGAGACAUCGCCGCGUUCAACGACAAGUUAAAGGAUCUGGAGUUGAAGAAGAUGCAAAUUGAAUGCGCGAUCCUUCAGGAGAGACUGACGAGGAUACGCGCGAUCCGCCGAUACCGGACCACGGUCAACGGCAGGCAAAAAAUCGCUCGUCUCGCCGACGAGGAGUUUGCACCGGCGACGCGUGAGGCACGCAGGCUCGCCGAGGAAUGCAACUCGCUGGAGACGGUCGUGUCGGAGCUGAAAAUUCGAUACGACAGCCUCUGCAAGACGGAGAAACGCCAGGAGGUCAAGUUCCGCGGCGAAUUCGCGGAGGUGAAGCAGCCGAUAGUGGAACACUUGCUCAGGCACUACAAGAAGCGGCCCAGGGCCGGUCGGCUGAUCACCACGUCCGUCACGUAUCUGACGGAGGUGGCGAGAUGCGUCGCGGGCAGCGAGAAAACGGAUAUCUUGCCGCGCGAAUGCCUGGAUUUCCUCAAAGGCAUGGAUGCUCUGGACUCGAUGCCCCGAAAUCUACCAUCGCAAAUUAACGUCGAUUAUUGGCGAAUGAUGUGCAGGUUGAGGAGGAUGAAAAUCGAGGUGGAGAUAAAGGUGAGAUGCUGCGCGGUGGAGAUGGCCGAGGCGGAACAGACGUUGUCGUUUUAUCAGAGGGCGAUGCAGUCGGCUGAUAACGCCGCGGCGUGCAAGAAGGUCAGACUGGAUGACAUGGAGAAAUCCUUGAUUCAACUCGCACAGGAAAUGGAGGUACAACUCGUCUUGAAAAUGGGCCAGAUCGAGGUGCCGCUGCGAGGUUGUCCCUCCGACUACGUGAACGCCGUUCUCGUGAUGCGCGAGGAGCUCUUACGGGUCAACGACUGUAUUGUCGCGACCGGAAAACGCAAGCUGACGGCGAUGCAUAAAUCCAUGUACUUGCGAAAAGUCGUGUCGCAACACGAAUGGCAGCACGCUUGCGCGAAAAUGAUAUUGGAGGAUCUGCAGCGGGAUUUGAGGGAUAUCCAAGAGUUCAAGAUUACGAGAAACGUGCUUGAAUUUUUGAGCGAUUACCCCUGCAGCGUAAAUUUGGAAAGAGAUUACGAAAAGAUGCAGUCCAAUUUGCGAAUAUUUCGAAACAGAUUUCGGGAAUUACUGGAAUUGGAACAGGCUCGCCUAAAUGAAACGAAGCGGCUGAUGGCCAAGUGGAAGAAGAAGAACGAGAAGGCAUUGCAGGAUAUCAGGGCGAAGUCAUCAAACGUCGAGGAGCGUCGCAGAUUGCUUGACGAUCCGCAUCGCAAGAGGGACGAGGAGUCUCGAAGGAUGAGACUCACGGCGAUCGCGAGGCGCACCAGGCUCGUUUUGAAAGCAGAGAACAAUUACGAGCAGCUGCUAAUCUUGCACGCUCACCUCGAGGUCUUGAAAUUGCGAACGUAUCCGACCUUGCAGUUUAAAACCGCAUAGAACUCAUGUGUCGAGGAAAAAGAUCUCGCACACGAAUGUGCGACGCUCUGCGGCUUAACGCCGGCUUAAUUUUCUCAACAUUAAUUUAUGGAAACUGCCUUUUUUUCUACUGAAUAAUAAAAUUUUUCUGUUUACGUAUUCGUAGAGGAAGUUUGUAAAACCGAGGAUAAACCGAGUGUCUCGGAUGCAUCCUUAAUUAGUUGACUCACCGAAUUGCAGAUUUAUGUAGAUUCAUGUGUAAUAUGUAUUAUUAAUACUUCCGAGAUAAAAUAAAAGUGUAUCGCUUUUGUUUUUUCUGUCAUAACGACAACUUUUUGAGCUAACUAUAGUAAGAAAAAAGAAGAGAAGAGUUGUUGUCAAAAAGAGCGGAUAAUGUUAAAGGUGAGAUGCUGUGAAGAUGGAGAGCUACCGCGAGAUAAGUAUGAUAAUGGCGAUUCAAAUUACGUUUUUUAUUGUAUCGCCGAUAAUUAUUAUUUCGAUCUCGGUCUCGCGAAAAAUCAUAUGUGUGCAAUAAAGGAAAACCAUUGAUUCCAAGAAACGAAUAAGGAAAGUGACAUUCUGUGGUUGAACAUUUCUUAGUAAUUCAAAAAUAAAAGAAGAUACAUAUUAUAUUUAAAAAAAUAAUUAUUCAUUCUGUUUCAAAGCCGCAGAGAAAUACUAAUUGCCCUUAAUUUAAAAUUAUUAAAAAUGACAUAAUAUUACAUAAUUUUUUAAUAUUAAGAUA